AUGGACCAACUCGACCACAACCUCGAGCAUCCCAAAAAGCGGCGCAGGCGUGAGAUCGCCCUCAGACCACUCACAGCUCGACUGCUGUUUGAUGAGACAAUAAAAGGCGACGCUGCCGUCUUUGCCCACGGCCUUUGGGACAGGAUCGGCUUAAGUGACGCUCACAAGGACCUUCAUUCCGACCAAGACCAGGUUUAUGUUGCCAUCACACCUCGUUCAGCUCUACAUCUCGAAAUUCAAGAUUCCACUUGGACUAUCCUCACUGCCGUUCCUCACACCUCACCCACGUCUUCGGUCGACCCACCAGAACAGGCCGACACCAUCAGAAUCUCCCCUUCAGCUGCGGCCUGCCAGUCGUUGCUAAGAACAUAUUCUAAUGUCGAACGGGACCGUCACCCAGGCCAUAUCCCCAAAUCCAUCGAAGUCCGUUUCGUCUGCACCAAGCCCUUGGCUCUAGAAACCAUCUAUGUUUCGGUCGAAAAGGGUCUCCUCGACCGAGUUGAUGAUAUACAGAGUAGAUUUGGUGGAGGCUUUCAAUCCAUCAAGAGCCCCAGAUUCGACAAGAGGCCUUCUUUGCCGAACGGGAGCCUCCAGAAUAUCCCCGCAGCCGUCAAUCGCCUGACUGCUCUGGUUCGUGAUGGCCUGUCUCAUUUGCCCAUCGUUCAUUCCGGCGACGUCUUUCCUCUGCCACUUCCUGCACAUCCCAUAACUCAUGCUCGAUCACCACCCGCAAUAGUCAUCGAAUGCGAACCUGUCUCCCAGGGCCGCAUCACUGCUCAGACCAAGGUUAUUUUGAUUCAGACCGGCUCCUCGCAAGAAAAGGCUUUGAAGAAGCUUGCCCCGGUCCAACCAAUCAUCGAAGAGUCUCUCGAAGACACUGCAGAAGACACCUCCAACGACCAAUUCUAUUCUGCAGCCGAGGAUGGAAACAUUGAAACUGGCUCCGAUGGAGACGACCACUCCGAUGCUGAUUCCGAAAGUGAUGAAUCUGCCCCUUCAGACAGUGACGAAGACUCCGAUUCGAUGGACGACAUGAUCUCCUUGAGUGCCCCAGGGCUUCCUCCUCAACAGGCAGGUACUUUGUCUGCUAUGACUGCAGCCACUCCGCGUCCAGGUGGUAAAAGGGCAACAGGAACCCACACUCCGGGCUCCUUGUACUCCAGCUUCUCCUCUGCCACCGCUCGCAACGGUGGUAGGCCGGGAAAGGUGUUCCGAACCCAGCCAUUACUCCAGAAAGUUCCCAUAGACUUGUUGCAUCCUAGACCAAGUUUGGAGGAUGACGAUCAAUCUUUUGUCUUCAUUGACACCAGUACCCUCGCCAAAAUCGGCUGCUUCUCUGGCGACUGGGUUAGAAUAGAAGUCUCCAAAAACGUCAGCGCUCAAGGCUUUUCGGCAUUAGCCAUACGAAAUCUAAGCGGAUUUGGAGAGGACGAAGACUCCGACUGGAGAGCCGUCAGGGUUUUUGGUCUAUCUGGUCUAACAAAUCAAGGUCCACGAUAUGCCGUCGACAAAACAGGUGACCGCCGAACGAGCUUUUCCCAACGAGACCUCAUGACGCCCAUGUCACCAGUCCUACUGAUCUCUCCACUUUUGCUCGCCAAUCUAGACAACGCACAAUACGUCAAAUUGGGCGCGUUACCAUCUCCUCCGCGGCCCGAGCCAAAGUCCUUGCAUCUGCCCCGAAACAACAUCCUCAAGACUCCUCCGUUUGCUAAAGAGGUCGUUCUGUCCAAGAUCGCGGAUCCUGUCACCACAAAUCCGGCCCUACAGUCCACUCUAUUUUCCGCCCUCAAAAGCUAUCUGGAAAGCAAGAAACGAGCUCUCAAGAAGGGGGAUCUCCUUGCUCUUUCUAUUGACCAAGAGUUGGGCAAGGCUGUCGCGUCGCAGGGGCCUGCGGAAGAAAGGGGAGACGAUGAAGCCGUGACCAAGCUCAACGUGCCUAAUCCGCGGGACGCCCAUCGCUUUGUCACCGCUUGGUUUUCCGUUCAACAGGUCGACGUCGACAUUUCUGUCGAUCGAGACGCGGAUCAGAAUCCUUGGGGCGGUGUUGCUAUUCUCGACAGUACCCAGGCAAGAGUAUCUCAAAGUGGGAGUAGCAUUCAGCCAAUCUCGCACUCAACCAAAUUGUGGACCCAGUAUUGGUCUGGCACGAAAAAACCCCCACAACAACAAGUUGGGAGACCCGAUCACAUUGCAACAGCCUCUGACCUGCCAGCUCUGUCGAAACUGCCCGCUGAGAAGAAACUCUCUGGACUUAUUGAAGCUGCGGUGAGCAAUCGCGCCAUUAGUCUCGGCCUUCCUCCACUAGCCAUCCUCCUCUAUUCGACGCAAAGGCAAAUCGGAAAGUCUUACAUAGCAACCUCUGCCUGCUCAACCGUCGGCGUUCACACUUUCGCAAUAUCAGCCCAUGACCUGCUCUCAGAGAACGCUUCCACCACUGGUGGCGGCGAUGUCAAGACAGAGGCACUCCUAAAAACACGCGCCGAGCGUGCUCUUUCCGGGGGAGCUCAGCAGACGGCCCUAAUGAUUCAGCAUGUUGAUGCUUUGACUGCUGACAGGAUGAUUCCGGUUCUACAAGAGAUUAUUUCAUCUUCCCGGGUGUUCUUUGCCACUACGACCAAGCUGGAUGAUAUCCCUGCUGGCUUGAGGAGUUUGUUCUCACAUGAACUUGAGAUUUCAGCUCCAGACGAAAAGGCUCGAGAAUUGAUCCUGGCCAACGCCUGUGUUUCUGCGUCUAUCCCGCUGUCUCCAAGCAUCAACCUGAAAUCAGUCGCCCUCCAGACAGCUGCUCUUGUGGCUGGAGAUCUUGUCGAUGUGAUCAACCGAGCUUCUCUCGCUCGAAUUGAGCGACUGGAGUCUUUGGCCGAAUCACAGUCGUGCCAACUCUCUGACAUCUACGUGUCAGGGGGACCCCCUGCGACGCAUCUUCUUCCUACGGACAUUAAUCAAGCCAUCGCUGCAGCACGUUCUACAUUUUCCGAUGCCAUAGGCGCACCCAAAAUCCCCACCGUUACAUGGCAGGAUGUGGGCGGACUUUCGUCACAAAAGGAUGCAAUCAUGGAGACCAUUUCUCUCCCUCUCACCCAUCCAGAACUGUUUGCAAACGGCAUCAGGAAGCGCUCGGGCAUCUUGUUCUACGGACCUCCAGGGACAGGUAAGACUUUACUGGCCAAAGCCAUUGCCACAGAGUUCAGCUUGAACUUUUUCAGUGUCAAAGGCCCGGAGCUGCUCAACAUGUACAUCGGUGAAUCCGAGGCCAAUGUCAGACGUGUUUUUCAGCGGGCGCGAGAUGCUAGGCCUUGUGUCGUCUUCUUCGACGAGUUGGACUCGGUGGCACCAAAACGUGGCAAUCAAGGAGACAGCGGUGGCGUCAUGGAUCGGAUCGUGUCCCAGCUUUUAGCUGAACUGGAUGGUAUGUCGGGAGGAGGCAGCGGCGAGUCUUCCGACGGCUCUGCUUCCAAUGGAGGCGGUGUUUUUGUGAUCGGCGCUACAAAUAGACCAGAUCUCCUUGACCCGGCACUACUCCGCCCAGGUCGAUUCGACAAGAUGCUCUACCUCGGGGUUGCCGACAGCCACGAUCAACAGCUCACAAUUCUCAAGGCCCUCACUCGUAAAUUCACCCUCGCGUCAGAUGUCGAUCUGAACCGUGUCGCCAGUCGUCUCCCGUUCACAUAUACCGGCGCCGACUUGUACGCCCUUUGCAGUGACGCUAUGCUCAAAGCAAUCACAAGGAAAACCCGAUCUGUUGAUGAAAAGGUCCAAGCAAUUAGCAAAGCACGAGGAGAGGAGAUCAGCACUGGCUAUUUCUUUGAUCAUCUUGCCACAGAAGAAGAUAUCCAGGUUGUGGUCGCGGAGGAAGACUUCACCGCAGCACAAACGGAACUGGUUGGCAGUGUUAGUAAGAAGGAACUGGAGCACUUUGAGAGAAUUCGAGGCCUGUUUGAAGAACAGGACAUCACUGCGACAGAAACCAAAAGCCGGAGCCCCACAAAUGCCAACAAUAUCGAUGCGGGCGUUACGUUCAACAAGGCUGAAGCGAAAUUACCCAUCCGACCGCCCCCACCUAUCCCAACAUCUUCACCGCUCUCGUCUCCAGCCACGUUGGAGGAUUCGACAGCUCCGUCUGUCCCAUCUCGAGCACCAACAAGACCCCUUCCAUCCUCUCGUCAAAAUUCUAGUUCGCAUUCACUACACAGUAAAGGUAAAGGUAAAGCGAGGGCUGGGAGCCCAACUGUUUCUACACCCGUCUCCAAUCACUUCAAACAACCUACACGGAUCGGCAACCCCGAUUCUGGGGCCUCGUCGGACGGUGAUGAUGAUUAUGGAGUCAGCAUGCAUCAAUUGAAUGGCACAGCAGUGAACGGCGUCGGGUCGGAAAAACUCAAAGGCAAGGGAAAAGCAAACGCUACGGCGCCUGUACAUGCCCAUACAGAACCUGUUAUUGAUGGCUUUGUCGAUGAUGUGGAAGGAGACGACGAAGGUCUUUACGAUGAUUAG